GUUACCCACUCAGCCCGGGGGAAGGACGGCAGUGAAAGCUGGGUCGUUGUAGCCCCGCCCAGCUUUCCUCGCCUGGAGGCUGCAAAAUGCACAUUAGCAUUCCUUGGGCUGCGUGCGCCUGCUUCUCCAGCCCCAGAAGCGGAGGAAGGUGUCUGUCAGCAGGAAAAGACCUCUGGGAACUAACCAGUAAUGCCUUGUCAUUGGAGUAUAACAGAGGUUGAAAAAAAUGAUGAGGACCAAAAGAUUGAACAAGAUGGCAUCAAACCAGAAGAUAAAGCUCAUAAGGCCGCGACCAAAAUUCAGGCUAGCUUCCGUGGACACAUAACAAGGAAAAAGCUCAAAGGAGAGAAGAAGGGUGAUGCCCAAGCUGCUGAGGCAGAAGCGAAGGAGAAGGAUGAAGCUCCUGUUGCUGAUGGCCUGGAGAAGAAGGAGGGAGAAGGUGCCACUCCCUCUGAGGCAGCCCCUGCCUCAGGCCCCAAGCCUGAGGAACCUGGCAAGGCAGGCGAAACUCCCUCCGAGGAGAAGAAGGGGGAGGGCGCCCCUGAUGCUGCCACAGAGCAGGGGGCCCCCCAGGCUCCUGCCCCCUCAGAGGAGAAGGCCGGCUCUGCUGAGACAGAAAGUGCCACUAAAGCUUCCACUGACAACUCGCCGUCCUCCAAGGCCGAAGACGCCCCAGCCAAGGAGGAGCCUAAACAAGCCGAUGUGCCUGCUGCUGUCACUGCUGCUGCUGCUGCUGCCACCACCCCUGCUGCAGAGGAUGCGGCUGCCAAGGCAACAGCCCAGCCUCCAACGGAUGCUGCAGAGAGCAGCCAAGCCGAAGAAAAGAUAGAAGCUGUAGAUGAAACCAAACCUAAGGAAAGUGCCCGGCAGGAUGAGGGUAAAGGAGAAGAACGUGAGGCGGACCAAGAACAUGCCUGAACUUUAAGAAAUGGCUUUCCACGUCCCCACCCUCCCCUCUCCUGAACCCUGUCUCUCCCCACCCUCUUCUCAACUCCACUCUGAAGGUUCCCCUUCCUGUCCUGCUCACAUCCGUGAGUCUGUCCUCUCCUACCCACUAGCCCUCUUUCUCUCUGUGUGGCAAACAUUUAAAAAAAAAAAAAAGCAGGAAAGAUCCCAAGUCAAACAGUGUGGCUUAAACAUUUUUUGUUUCUUGGUGUUGUUAUGGCGAGUUUUUGGUAAUGAUGAUCCAAUCAUUUUGGGAAAUUCUUGCACUGUAUCCAAGUUUUUUGAUCUGGUGCGUGUGGCCCUGUGGGAGUCCACUUUCCUCUCUAUCUCUCUCUGUUCCAAGUGUGUGUGCAAUGUUCCGUUCAUCUGAGGAGUCCAAAAUAUCGAGUGAAUUCAAAACCAUUUUUCUUUUCCUCCUUUUAAUGUGAUGGAAUGAACAAAAAGGAAAAAAAAUCAAAAACCCAGUUUGUUUUGAAAAUAAAUAAAUAAACAAAUAAAUAAAUAAAGCAAAUGUGCCAAUUAGCGUAACUUGCGGCUCUAAGGCUCCUUUUUCAAUCUGAAUAUUAAUAAAUCAUGAGAGUAAGCAAC